AUGGCGUCGAAUUCCGUAUCAUCAUCGUUUUCCCGAUCACCGCGCCGUUUUCUCGCUCCAUGGAUUACUGGCGAAGUGAUUUGUUGGAAAUUCGCAUGGCUCCUCGCAGGGGUGCUGCUGCUUCUGAAUUCCGCAUCCGCCGCGUUCGCGUACGACUAUCAGCAGCACCAGCAGCAUCAAUAUGGGCAGCAGUAUCACCAGCAGCAGCAGCAGCAGCAGCAGCAGCAGCAGCAGCAGCAGCAGGGUGCGGGUGGGUAUAGAGCGGUGCUGUUGGAGGAGGUGAAAGCGCUGACGUUGCGGAAGGGAGCGAUGACGACAGCGCGUCGUGUGGCUGCCGUGCCGCAACUUAGCUGUCUCUCCGGAUGCGAUUUUCAACCAGACGUGGUGCAGUGUGUGAACGUGGGGUCGGACGGAGUGGCGGUGCAGUGGCGCUGUGAGGCAGAGCUUCCAUCGCACCUACAAUUCGGUCUCACGCAAGUCUCCUGCGAGGGCUUUGAUUACCCGGACGAUCCUCGCAUCCUCUAUGGAAGCUGUGGCCUGCAGUAUUCCCUUGUGCCUGUGCCAGGAUCUCAGAAGAAGGAGAAGAACAAGGGGUGGUUUAAGCAGCAAAAGAAGCAGCACUUUCACCAGCAGCACCAGCAGCAACCAGAGCGUGAGAAGGGGUCGUGGCUGGGUCGAUUGCUGACAUGGGCAAUCAUCACCUACAUCGCCAUUCUCGCCCUGCGCUCCUGCUGCUGCGGCACCUCACGCCCAUCCGGUGGAGGGCCGGCAACGGGCCAAACAGGAGGGUACUACCCACCUCCUCCUCCGUCUCCCCCUCCUCCUCCCCCACCCGGAUCCGACGAUUUCUGGGGAGGCCCGAAAGGUUCCACAGGCUUUAGUGCAACGGCCCCUCCACCCCCUCAGCCAGUGCCCACAUGGGCCUCGGCAGCCACAGGCUUUGGCCGCAAACCAGAGCAGCGAGAACAGCAGGAAACCAUCUCCCGACACUUCGUCGAUCGCAGCACGACAUCAGCCAUGGCAUUUAGAGCACUCUUCCUCGCGUGCAUCCUCCUCCUUGUGUCGGCAUCCGCCUUGGCGCAGCGUGGUCCGCCUGGCGGAGGUCCUCCCGGCGGUCAGGGACGUGGGGGCGCGCGCGGAGGCCCUGGCGCCGGUUCCGGCGGUCCCGGCGGUCCCAGCAGUCCUGGCGGGCCUGGCGGGAAGCCGCCGCACGGGUCUCCGCUGAACCUGACGGCCGUCGGGAAUCUGACGGCCGAUGUUGGCGCGCAAUUGGCCAACUGCUCCGCGGAUCAGACGAUCGUUGACGGCCGCUUCCACCUCGCCAUCUUCAAGAACGCCACCGGCAAUUACAACCUCCUCGUCCAGGCGCUCCUGGUCGACGCGGCGGGCAGUCCGCCCGACUCGCUCGCGAUCGUGAAGGGCGCCGUGUGCGACGCCGCCGCGACGGACGUCCUCGCGCUGCCGCUCGCCGCGGCGGACUGGCAGCAGCGCGCGGGGUGGUGGCUGCUGCAUGCGGAGGCGCACCUCGACGCGUUCCUCGAGAACGCGGACGCCGCAACUCUCGACGCGUUGCUCGCGGUGCUCCCCAACGCCUCGCUUCCGCGCACGAGUGGCGGCGGGCGCAACGGCGGAGGCAGCGCGGGGGGCGCGCGGAGCGGGCAGGGUGGGAGGCGCAUGGGGCGGGAGCUGCUGAUGCGCGCAGUGGGCCGCGCUGCUAGGCAAGGGGGGCAGAAUCAGGGGGGAAAGCAGCAAGGGGGAGCGCAGCAGCCGCCCGCAGGUGAAUUUUCAGGUGGUGAUGGCGGAGUGAACAGCACAGUGAGCGGCUAUGCUGUGCUGGCGGGCAGCAGCGCAGUAGGUGUGACGUGGGGCGGGCAGCUCAUGGGGGCCAAGAUGCCCGCUGCUGCUGUUUAA